UUGCUUAUUUCAGAACUGUUGUGCCCUUAUAAUUUUAGAUCAACUGCACUAAAUGACGUGAAAAUUUGUAUAGGUACAUCUUUUUACCCGAUGAAGGUUGUAGGCAUACUUUUGUUCACUAAAAUCGAGAUUUGCCAAGGGCGGUACGAAGUUCAUCGGGCCUGCUAGUAAUAUUAUAUUUUUUAUUCGAGUGUACUUAACCCCUACAUUCUAGGCUAAAUUCACACUACAAAAACACGAAUAAUAUCAACCCGGCAACGUUUAAAAAUAGCUGCCUCCAUAAGCUAACCGAAUCCCGCUUAAGUUUGAAAUCGAAAAGUGGCACUUGAUCAAAUAUCUAAGGCGUGUGAAAAUCGUUGUUCAAGCACUCAGGCCGUUGGGAAAAAUACCAAGAGCUGCGAAUGCUUCCCGUGUACUCGAAUGUCGAUGUAUGAUACAUUUUUAUGGCAUUAGCGAAACAGUACAUAUUAACCCUCUAUAUCGAAGGGUUAUAUGUGAUAUGUUAUAGGUGCGAGCUUCCAAGAAAUUCUUUCUAAUUUUUAAAUUUAAAAUGAUAUUGAAAAAAUGAAAACUGUGUAGAACAAUACCAACAGACCAUCCGGGUCCAAACAAAAAAGCAAUAAAAAUCACGUGAACAACAGUCGGCGUCGGUAGCGGCCCUAAACAAUUUCGCAUUUGUUUUCAGGUGAUUUUUAUGACUACCAAAGGGGGUGGAAGUAACAAGUAAGAAACAAGCCAUUUUCUGUUUGAACGCGAACUAGAAACGUCAAAUGCCGCGCAGUAAAAAAGCACGAAACGUAAACGAACCGGAGCGUCCGGAGGAGCCCCGACAGGAGGCGAAUGCUUUGAUGGUGCCACCCCCGCCGAUCCCUCCACCGGAGGCGCUGAUCCCUCCACAGGGGGCCAUGGAAGUGCCUGCUGCUGCGGAGAACCCGCGGUCUAACACAAUCAGCCCCGAUGGAGUGCCGCCGGCCAGAAGCCACGUAGGCGCUCCAAUUUUGGCAGUCGGCAACGAUCCAGCGGAGAGAAUUGAACUGCUAGAGCGCUACGUGGUGACCACUAACGAGCGGUUGAGGGCCUUCGAGGAGGAGCUGGGUCUCUCGGGGCCCUAGCAGCAGUGGGCACCAUGGACAUCGUCGCGGUCGGAGAGAUCGGGGCCGUCAGCGGGGGAACUCCACCAGAAAUUAUAUCAAAAAUAUUAAAAAUUUUUAUUGUUAGUUCUAAGUGUUUGUUUUUUUGUUUAAUAUACAGUAUGUCCCAGGAUUGAGUUUACAAUAGGUAUGA